GAGGUGGAAGCAUCGAGUGCUCCGAUCGAGGCGGCGGCGGCGGCGGCGGAAGGGGGCGGCGCCGCCGCGGCGGUGGGCCGAGCGCCGCCGCACAAGCUGGAGAGGAAGUGGACGUUCUGGUUCGACAACCAGUCGAAGCCGAAGCAGGGCGCCGCGUGGGGCACCUCCCUCCGCAAGGCCUACACUUUCGACACUGUCGAGGAGUUUUGGUGCUUGUACGACCAGAUAUUUCGUCCCAGCAAGCUGUCUGGUAAUGCCGACUUUCACUGUUUUAAAGCUGGGAUUGAACCUAAGUGGGAAGAUCCUGAAUGUGCAAAUGGGGGCAAGUGGUCCGUUGCAAGCAGCAGAAAGGCCACUCUUGAUACCAUGUGGCUUGAGACG